AUGGCUGACAUCUCCUCACCUAUCAUUUACCAUUACCUUGACAUUGGCAGGCGGGGCCGCGGGGAGGUUGUGAACCUUUUUCUGAAGGAUGCGGGCCUCGAAUUCAAAGACAUCCGCUACCCCUACGACAACACCUGGCUGGAAACCAGUAACAAGCUCCGUCAGAGUAAACUUACAAGAACCGGUCAGCUUCCUGCUCUUGAGUAUCACGGCGCCGUAGUUACCCAGCAUAUUCCAAUUCUGCGUUAUCUUACUAGAGAGCUUGGCGCUUACGAUGGUGACACAAACUGGGAGAAGUACUUGGUCGAUGCGGUGUCAGAUAUCUACAUUGACUGGAGGUCUCAAUGGGUCGCGAACUUGAAAGGCGCGACCGAGGCCUACAAGAAUGAGUAUGUACCCAAAUACUACGAUCUUAUUGCUCAAUACUACUCCGAUGUCGAUGGACCUUAUCUUCUGGGUGAUAAGAUCACCUAUGCCGACUUUGCCAUUUAUCAAUCCAUUGACAACGACACAAGAACGGGAACUAUUCCAGAGACUCUCCCGCCUGCUCUCACUAAGUUUGUGGAGGCCUUUGAAAAGAGGCCCAAUAUCUCUGCAUACAUCACGCAAACAAAGGCAUAG